CACAAAUUGGAAACGCUGUCAUUUACGUUUGUCCCCUUCGGCUCUCCGUAGAUCACCGACAUAUUGUUUGUGAGGAGCAAAUUCUGGAACACAAGGAGAGAGUUAAGAUUACAGCGUUGAUAUAACCAUUCAUCAAAUCGUAUAUCAGUAAAGAAAGCACGAUGGAGCCUUCAGGAAGUCCUGCGAAGGAUAAUUUCAGGAUGAACCGCUACAAGAACAAAGCCCUCAACCUGGAGGAGAUGCGUCGGAGAAGAGAGGAGGAAGGCGUUCAGCUGAGGAAACAGAAGCGAGAGCAACAGCUGUUUAAGAGGAGAAAUGUGGAGCUGCUUGGUGAAGAAGGGGGGAUGUUUGACAGUCCACUUAUGGAUUCCUACGUCUCCUCCACCACAGCCGCAGAUGGAGUAAUUACAAGAGACAUGGUGGAAAUGCUCUUCUCAGAAGACCCUGAACUACAACUGGACACAACGCAGAGGUUCAGAAAACUGCUUUCCAAAGAACCAAACCCUCCUAUUGACGAGGUGAUAAGCACACCAGGAGUUGUGAAUAGAUUCGUUGAGUUCCUUCAGAAAAGUACAAAUUGCACGUUACAGUUUGAGGCCGCUUGGGCACUGACCAACAUCGCGUCUGGAACAUCUCAGCAGACAAAGUUUGUGAUCGAGGCCGGUGCCGUACCUGUCUUUAUCGAGCUUCUCAACUCCGAGUUUGAAGACGUGCAGGAGCAGGCUGUUUGGGCUUUGGGGAACAUUGCGGGAGACAGCGCUGUGUGCAGAGAUUAUGUGCUAAAUUGUAACAUCCUUCCUCCUCUACUAAUGCUGCUGACCAAAUCAACUCGUCUCACAAUGACCAGGAAUGCUGUGUGGGCCUUGUCCAACCUCUGCAGAGGCAAAAGUCCACCCCCAGACUUUGAGAAGGUGUCUCCAUGCCUGCCUGUGCUGUCGCGUCUUUUGUUCAGCAGUGAUUCAGACCUGCUGGCUGAUGCCUGCUGGGCUUUGUCCUAUCUCUCGGAUGGGCCCAAUGAGAAGAUCCAGGCAGUCAUUGAUUCAGGGGUCUGCAGGAGGCUGGUGGAGCUGCUCAUGCACACCGAUUACAAGGUGGCCUCUCCUUCUCUGAGGGCUGUGGGAAACAUUGUUACAGGAGAUGACAUUCAGACACAGGUGGUGUUGAACUGCUCAGCUCUCCCCUGCCUCCUGCACCUGCUCAGUAGCGCAAAGGAAUCCAUCAGGAAGGAGGCCUGCUGGACCAUCUCCAACAUCACAGCGGGAAACAGAGCGCAGAUUCAGGCCGUAAUAGAUGCAAACAUCUUCCCAGUCUUGAUAGAGAUCCUACAGAAAGCCGAAUUCCGCACCAGGAAGGAGGCGGCGUGGGCGAUCACUAACGCCACGUCAGGUGGCACGCCUGAGCAGAUCAGGUAUCUGGUAAAUUUGGGCUGCAUUAAACCUCUCUGUGAUCUGUUGACUGUGAUGGACUCCAAGAUUGUUCUGGUGGCUCUGAAUGGUCUGGAGAACAUCCUCCGACUCGGCGAGCAGGAGGCCAAACAGAACGGCAGUGGCCUCAACCCUUACUGCAGUCUGAUAGAGGAGGCUUAUGGGUUGGACAAAAUCGAGUUCCUACAGAGUCAUGAAAAUCAGGAGAUCUACCAGAAAGCCUUUGACCUCAUCGAGCACUACUUUGGAGAAGAUGAAGAGGAUGCCAGUCUGGCGCCACAGGUGGAUGAGAACCAGCAGCAGUUUCUUUUCCCGCAGCAGGAGGCCCCCAUGGAGGGCUUCCAGCUAUAACCAGCCUGUUCAACUCUUACACCCAUCCCUGCACCCCAUACCGCUACUAAAACAUACACCAGAAACACUCAACCACUGAAUUCUGAGUGAACCAAAUUUCGACCCAUGACCCAUUUAGACACUGAGGUGUGUCUCACACAGGGGAACAUAUCCACUGCCCCGUCACUCACAAGAGAGCUUGAGUUUCUUUAGUUCCCUCACCCCCUCAGUGAUGCAGCUAUAUAAUCAUCCCCUCAGGUAGAAAUCGUGGCGCUGUGUCCUUUUUUUUUUUUUUUUUUUAUAGGGGAGGUAUGCUUCAGUUCUUCCCUUUCACUGAAAGAAGAGAGAAUUGUUUUCUCAUUUAUUUAAAAUCAGAGAAUCCAGAUCAUCAUCUUAUUCUUUUGAUCCUGGUUUGUUUUUCAUUUUUAGAAUUCUUUUUUCUUUUUUAGUUAUUCAUAUCCUGGUGAUUAAAUAAGCCUGGUUGUGUUUGAUCUGGCCGUGCUUUAUAAACGAAACUCUACCGUAAUAUCUGCAGCUGCGUUUCAUGAGCAUUCUUCAAAGCUUUUGUGAAGCGGUUUCAUUUCUCUUAGUAUUAGAAUUCAUAAUUUCAGACCAUGCUGGGUGUGGAGUUUAUGUAGAGUCUAUCUGACGUGGUGGUUUUGAAAUAAUCCAGGUAUUUAGUAAAAGAGUAUCCUAACAUACAAAGUCAUUACUGUUAAAAGACAUCGACUGGAAAAGUUGGGCCCAAAGAGCCCAUUUAGUAAAAAUAAUGCCCAGUUUUUUUUUUUUUUUAAACCAGUCAGAGGUGAAAUAUCUAGUUGUAGGAUGUUCGUGGUGUGCAGUGUUAUAAAUAACUCUUCUUUUGAUCGAAAGGCUUUAACUUUAACUGGGGGAGACACACACACAGACACACAUCUGAGGGCCGGAUUGAUGCACACGAAUGGAGUCUUAAUUCUGCUCUGUGUUUAUCGUCAUUAAUCGGCGCAUAGUCAUUCUGGGUGGUUCGAGGUGUUAGUUCAGCGCAGCCCUCAGUAUGUGCAUGUUGGGGUUUUGCAUGGUGUUCAACAAUCAUUUUGUAUCCCUUGCCAGAUCUUCAUUCAACAGUUAGCUUGCACUCUUUAGAUGGAGCAGUUCUGGUUUCUGUAGUUUUGCGGGUGCUGUAGGUAUGGCAAGGAAUACUUAUUUAACUAAUGAAAUAUAUGGGCAAAAAAAAAAAUCUAGAGAGAUAUUAUGUUCUAUUUGCACACACCUUGCACACAUACAGACACUUCAUAAACAUGUACACAAACAGAUUAGCCUAAAACCGAGGGGAAAUGACUUCCAUGAUCUCUCAAGUCCUUUUUUCUCUCUCUCUCUCUCUCUCUCUGUAUGCGAGUAUGUUCCCGUUGAUUUGUUCCACCGUUUGGCACUUUUUGAGUUGAUGCACUAAAAGUUAAACACACCUGGGUUUGAUGUCGGACUGCCGUGGAUUGAAAGAAAAGUUUGAAUAUCAACCUCUCGCCCCGUACGAAACUUACUGUGGUUUACUUUUAAAAACUGUGAGUAUCCUGUGUUUGGUUGACGAGUAUCUAGAAGCCUUUUCCUUCUAUAAAUGUCAAUCUGAUGCGAUUUCCUGAUCGGAACCGAUAACCGAAAGUAGGAUUCCGUACUAAUUCUGGUUCAAUAACCUUUUCGAAAUCGAGACUUGAAUUGAACUCUUUGAAAAUACCUCUCUACGAUCUGAUGUUCUUUGACAACAGUAUCAACUUUAAAUCAGUUCAGAUCCUAGUUCUGCGUGAUGUUAGAUGACAUUUGCUGCAUUUACAGGAAGUCCAUCUUGGAAUGAGGAUGCUGCAGUCAUGCAGAUUUCCAUACGCUUCAGAGAAAUGGGAAAAUGGACUGAAAUGAUAGGGGAAGGGAAGUAAACUAUGCUUGUAUAUAUCAAUAUGUCUAAUGGUCUGCAAGACCACAGGUGUGUUGAUCAAAAAAACACAAAGAAAUGAUCUCUUAAUGGAAAUGCACUCCUAUUCACAAAAGUGCCAAUCAGACCAACAAAGACAAGAGGCUGAUGCGUGUCAAUCUGUCUUUGAUUUUUUUUUUUUUUUAUUUACUUGAAUGUGCACAUAUGUUGUGCAAAUAUUGCUGCUCUGUUUUCUUAUCUUACAAAUUGUGAUGGUCUGCUAUUUGUACACCAAAUUGUUAAACUCAAAGGUAUAAAGAAAAACUGCAUAAUUUAUUGUGCUGGAUUAAUUAAUUAUUUUAUCCAAGGCCAAUGCAAUGUUGAAAUACUGUCUCCGUGUGUACUGUUUGCAAAGCUUCUGUUCCUUUUGAACUUUGUUCUGUUGGCAUAGAGGAAGUGAGAAACAUUGCUAACAAUUGAAGGAGAAACUUUUCUUUUCUUGCCCAUGAGUAUUUUUGUGUCUUGUUUAUGAGCGCACUAGCUGACCAUGUAGACCCAACUAUGUUGUUUCAAGUCUAACUUCCCUGUGUAACGAUCAAUUACAGCAAAUCCAAAUCAGUUCAGGCCUCUUUUGUAGAUGUUUUGUUCUCAUUUAAGGACCUUCGCUUUAAGAAGCCAAAAGAUAAUUUUUUUUUUUUUUUUUUUUUUGGAUAACAAAACAAACUGGGUGUCAUAUGAUUCUUGUUAUCUCUGUGAACUACAAUUAAACCAGAAAUUGAACGGUUAUAUUGUUAUAUUGGCACAGUUCAAAGUUGCAGUCCUUGCACUGCUCUUUACUCCUUAAAAUAACUUCUGAGAAGUGCAGAAAACAAUGAGAUAUUUACAAAAGGCCACAAAUAAGUGAAAUUGGGUCUUUAUGGUCUUCCGUCCUAGAUCUUGUAGAUGUUGACGUUCGGAGACUUUUUGUCUCUUUCAAACCUGGAGCCGAUGCAUAGGGCUGUGUCUAUUAAUGCUGACUCGCCUGUGUUUACAAUGCUACAUGUUAAAGUACUUUUCAUACACAAUAUUAAGACUUGCCCAGCUGGAUCUUGUAUCCUGGUUUGGUAAUUACUUUACUUUCCUUUUAAAUGUAUUUAUAUUUAAAUCUUUUUUUUUUUUCACCUCUGCCUGCAGUUGCCCAUACUGUGACUGACUUGACUUUACCGACGAUAUGAAUGAGUGACGGACACACGAACUGAACAUGUCACACAAACAUAUACAUGAACAAUUCUGAACAAAUGUUUUCGUUUUCUUUUUUGUCCAGAUACCAAUAAAAGGAUAAAACAC